AUGUCUCUAUCCCGCACGUGCUCUCAGUGUGGCAACAACGGCCACAACUCUCGAACAUGCAACGACGGAUGCAACGACGGAGGAGGAGAGAACAGCAUCAUGAUUUUCGGUGUUCGACUCACCGGAGGAACCAACACCGCCACCAACCACAACAACCCGUUCAGAAAAAGCGCCAGCAUGACCAAUCUCUCUCAAUACGAACAACCAACGCCUCAAGAUUCCAACCCCGCCGACGCCGGUUAUGUCUCCGAUGACAUCGUUCAUGCCUCCGGCAGAUCCCGUGAACGCAAGCGAGGUGUUCCUUGGACGGAAGAAGAACACAAGUUGUUCUUGUUGGGAUUGCAACAGGUUGGUAGAGGUGAUUGGAGAGGAAUUUCUAGAAGCUUUGUUAAAACUCGCACACCAACUCAGGUGGCUAGUCAUGCUCAGAAGUAUUUCCUCCGCCGUCAUAACCAGAAUCGCCGCCGCCGGAGAUCUAGUCUCUUUGAUAUCACCACCGAUACAGUGAUAGAAUCUUCUACUAUGAUGGAAGAAGAGCAAUUUCAACCAGAAACCGUAGCGCCGCUGCCUCCACCUACCCCCGGCGUAUAUCCGUCUUCACAUUACGGUGGCAUCCCGGGGACACCAUUUCCGAUGGGUCUUAGUCCGGUAGCAUUGCCGGCAAUCAAUGGUGAAAGAGUAGCCAAGCUAAUUAGGCCAACACCAAUGCUGCCUCCUUCUUCUAAGAUGGCUAACUUGAAUCUGAGAGACAAAGCUUCUUCCUCUUCUUCUUUCAUUGAGCCUUUGCCAUUGUCAUUGAAGCUGCAAGCGCCGUCAAAGGAACAUUCUCCAGAAAGUAGCGGCCAUUCUUCGCCGUCGUCGGCUUUUAAAACUAUGUCUACUGGGAAGUAUAGUGGUGGGGGUGGGGAUAGCAUUAUCAGUGUUGCCUGA